GAUCUAUUGAGGUUGUGGGAACAUAUAUGUUCCUAGGUCAUAAUCACGGUCGAUGCAUUCCCAAGCACAAUAGAAGAGCAGAAGUAUAAAGGUAUCGAGAAACGCCCGAAUCAUUAGAUCAGUUUUAGCUCUCAAGGUUACACUAAGACUGUCCAGCCAUGAAGAUCAUCUUUGUACUCGCAGCCAUUCAGCUCUUACAGAUUAAGGGUGCCUUUGGACAGGCUACAGCUACGGCCGAUGUCAGCUGCCAAAAGGACGUGGAUGGCCAUCGAUCAAUUCACAUUCAACUGAACAAAGAAUCUGUUAAUAUUGCGGAAGCAUAUGCCUUCAACAAAAAAACGAGUUGUCCAUUCACCCUUGAUGCUAAUGGAGGUGCUACGAUUGACAUUGAUCUGGCACAGGGUCAUCUCUCCCAACAAUAUGAAGACUGUGGUAUUGUCGAGGAUGCGUUUAGUGUCAUCUCGACCACUGUGCUGGCACCUAUUAUUGUUGCACCGACUACAGGAGUAGAGGUUUACGUCUAUGCAAUUGUCUGCGACUUUAAUGGUGUUAGUAAUACAGCUACGGUUAAUGGCAUAACUAUAGAAGAUAGCGCCCUCGCUGCUGGCACAGUCACCGUUGCCAACCCAAAUCCGACUCUACAGUUGCUUGAUGCAAGUGACAACGCUGUUACAAAAGCGGCUGGUGAGACGCUUGAUAUGGCCGCGAUGCCUUCCAUACAAAUUCAAGUGACCAUAGAUACGAGCCAAGCUGUAGGCGGUAUGAGGGUUGUAAAGUGCACAGCUUAUGCAGGAGCCGAUACGACAGGCCAAUCAUUGAGACUUUCUGAUAGAGAAGGAUGUGGUACGGAUCAGUACGCCAAUGCAAUAGGUAUUCCUGAGAAAGAUACGGGCCCUGUGUUUCCAGGCUCUGGCUACAGUGAUGCAGUUUCUGGCAAAUAUUCUGGCAACUCCAUUGCCUUCCCCGCCUUUAAAUUCCUCAACUCGAAUUCGGUGACCUUUGAAUGUGUUGUUAUCAUGUGUACAACUUCGGAAAUAACAGGAUCGAGGACUGGUACCUGUGAGGACCCAGCCUGCAGCACUGUUAAACGUAAGAGACGUCAGGCUGUGGAAACAGACUCCAGUGAAAUAAAAAAAAUCGCAUAUGCGACCUUCAACUUCGAUCUUGGUGGCUCUAAACGAGGACAAGGAAAAGGAGCCAACGGAGUGGCUGCAAAGAGAGCAAGUUUCACGGGGAUUGCCAUCGUCUUGGCCAUAGCAACAUCCCUUUCCUCCCAGUAGAUGCUGCCACAUAUUUUGAUACGUUCCGCAUCGAAACAACACAGGCUUUCAUUAUCUCUCACAAUCCCCAUAGACAAUCGUUCGAUGAUAUCUGAAAAACUAUGUCAUGUACAUUCUUUUCUAUACCUUAACUUAUUAUUCGAGAAAUAUAGUCUGCUUCAAGCGGAAAUAAAAUC